UUCUCUCUCUCUCCACCACAUUUCUGAUAAUAUUCUUUCUGCUUUCCCUUCUCCCAUUUUCAGCCAAAAUUCCAUUAACAUGUAUGCCUUCUCCUCCUCCUCCUUUCUCCCUUCAUUACCGUCAUCCAAACUCCUCUCUCCUGCCACCCGUACACAGUCUUAUGUUCCUGUCCUGAACGCUUCCUCUCAUGGAACUAAAGAAAAGCCUCAAAACGUUACCACAACUACCAAAAAAACUCCCAAUGUCCCAAAUUCCUCUCCUCAGCACAGAAAGUUUGCUGCCCCAGCAAAGACAAGGGUAGAACCCACAAUGUGGACGAUGAUUUUUGGUGCAUUUGAUGACUUUAUCAACAGAUUCAUAGACGCUCCCAUCCGCACCUCAGUUGAUCCCAGACGUGUUCUCUCUCAUAACUUUGCUCCAGUGGAUGAGCUUCCUCCAACUGAGUGUAAGGUGGUGGAGGGAUCCCUCCCACUGUGCCUGGAAGGUGCGUACAUAAGAAACGGCCCGAAUCCACAGUACUUUCCCCGUGGACCUUUCCAUCUCUUUGAUGGUGACGGUAUGCUUCAUUCCAUUAGAAUUUCAGAAGGUCGAGCCACUCUCUGCAGCCGCUAUGUGAAGACUUACAAGUACACCACCGAACGUGAUGCUGGUGCUCCUAUUUUUCCCAAUGUCUUCUCUGGCUUCAAUGGUCUUAUUGCCUCUACAGCUCGUGUUACCUUGUCUGUUGCUAGAAUCUUAGCCGGCCAAUACAAUCCUGCAAAUGGCUUCGGUCUUGCAAAUACUAGUUUGGCCUUCUUUGGCAACCGUCUCUAUGCACUUGGUGAGUCUGAUCUGCCUUACUCUGUGCGCUUGACAUCUAAUGGAGAUAUAGAGACCUUAGGUCGCCAUGAUUUCAACGGAAAGCUCUUGGGGAGCUUGACUGCUCACCCCAAGAUCGACCCCGAAACCAGUGAGACCUUUGCUUUCCGGUAUGGUCCUGUGUCUCCAUUUCUAACCUACUUUUACUUCGAUGCAAACGGAAAUAAGCAUCCAGAUGUGCCCAUUUUCUCAAUGACACGUCCAUCAUUCCUCCACGAUUUCGCCCUCACUAAGAAUUAUGCCAUAUUCACCGACAUACAAAUUGGAAUGAACCCCAUGAAGAUGAUUUUCAGGAAAGGUGCUUUGAUGGGUUAUGAUCCGACCAAGGUCCCGAGACUGGGCUUCAUCCCUCGUUAUGCAAAAGACGAGUCCGAGAUGAAAUGGUUUGAUGUGCCAGGAUUCAACUUUAUGCAUGUCAUCAAUGCCUGGGAGGAGGACGAGGGUAACACAGUGGUCAUGAUAGCACCAAAUAUAUUAUUCAUUGAGCAUGUCCUGGAGAGAGUGGACCUUAUUCAUGCCAUGGUGGAGAAAGAAAAAAGAACAAAUAUGUAUAUGCAGCAAUAGGUGAUCCAUUGCCAAAAUUUACAGGAGUGGUGAAGUUGGAC